CACAGACGCACACACACAGACGCACACACACACAGACAUUCCCACACACACGCGCACCGCGCUCACCACCGCUCCACCUCCACCACACGGGGAGCGAACCUCCAGGGCGGCACCGCGCUCGCUCUCUCCCCUCUCUCUCCUCGUCCCGCGGGGAGUGCGAGGAGAUGGCGACUCUCACCUCUCCACCGCCGUCGUCUACCUCGUCGAGCCUCCACCACAACCACCACCGCCUCCACCUCGCAUCCAUGGCCACCACCAUCAUCAUCAUCGCCCUGCCCACGAUCGUUAUCGCGGCCUACGCCUCCCCGGCGUCCGCGCAAACGCCUCGGCCUCGCCUGGACUCGCCGCCGCAGGCGACCCCGGGGCCCGGGGACGCGGGUCACGGCGAUGCGGGUCACGGCGACGCGGGUCACGUCGACGCGGGUCACGGUGGCGGGAUCCACGUGGUGAGCCUCGACUACGCCCACGUGCAGGUCCCGUUCGAGAUCACGCUGUGGAUCCUGCUCGCCUCGCUCGCCAAGAUGGGCUUCCACCUGGCGCCGAAGGUGUCGUCGCUGGUGCCCGAGAGCUGCCUGCUGAUCGUGGUGGGCCUCCUCGUGGGCAUGAUCAUCCUGGGUCGCGCGAGCAGUUCGCCGCCCGUCAUGAGCACCGACGUCUUCUUCUUCUACCUGCUGCCGCCCAUCGUGCUCGACGCCGGCUACUUCAUGCCCAUACGGCCCUUCUUCGAGAACGUGGGCACCAUCCUGUGGUACGCUCUGGUGGGCACCCUUUGGAACGCCUUCGGGAUCGCCUUCUCGCUCUACGCCAUCUGCCAGGUGAGGGUGGUGAGGGAUAGGGAGGUGGUCCCGGCGUUUGGCCUGGCCGACGUGUCCCUGCUCCAGAAUCUGCUGUUCGGCCUCAUCUCCGCCGUGGACCCGGUGGCGGUGCUGGCUGUGUUCGAGGAGAUCCACGUCAAUGAGCAGCUCUACAUCCUCGUGUUCGGGGAGUCGCUGCUCAACGACGCUGUCACCGUGGUGCUCUACCAGCUGUACGCGGCCCUCUGCGCCAUGGCGGUGAUCUCGGCGAGCGACUUUGCCCUGGGCGUGGCCAAGUUCUUCGUGGUGGGGCUGGGCGGCAUCGCCGUGGGCGUGGUCUACGGCCUGCUGGCCGCCCUCAACACGCGCUUCACCGCGCACAUCCGCGUCAUCGAGCCGCUCUUCGUCUUCCUCUACAGCUACGCCUCCUACAUCACCGCCGAGAUGUUCCACCUGUCGGGGAUCAUGGCGCUGAUAGCGUGCGCCAUGUGCAUGAAGCGCUACGUGGAGGCGAACGUGUCGGAGAAGUCCGCCGUGACCAUCAAGUACUUCAUGAAGAUGCUGAGCAGCGUGAGCGAGACGCUCAUCUUCAUCUUCCUGGGCGUGUCCACGGUGGACGAUCAGCACGAGUGGAACUGGGCCUUCGUGUGCGCCACGCUCCUCUUCUGCCUCGUCUGGAGGGCCACGGGGGUGUUCCUGCUCACGUUCGUCAUCAACAAGUUCCGCAUGGUGACGCUGACGAAGAAGGAUCAGUUCAUCAUCGCCUACGGGGGCCUGCGCGGUGCCAUCUGCUUCUCGCUCGUCUUCCUCCUCGACAGCGCCCACUUCCCCCGCAAGAAGCUCUUCAUCACGGCCACCAUCGUCGUCAUCCUCUUCACCGUCUUCGUGCAGGGGAUGACAAUCCGUCCGCUGGUGGAGCUGCUGGAGAUCAAGAAGAAGAAGGAGCACGAUCCUAGCAUCACGGAGGAGACCAACAUCCGGUUUAUGGAUCACAUCCUGGCCGGAGUUGAGGACAUCUGUGGGCACUAUGGCCAUCACCACUGGAGAGACAAGUUUGAGAAGUUCAAUACCCAGUACCUGAAGCGCUUCCUCCUGCGCGACCCAACGUCCCGGGAGUCGUCCAUCGUGAACACGUACAACAAGAUCGAGCGGCGCCUCGCCAUCCAGCAAAUCACGCACGCGCCCUCCACCGCCUCCGCACUGUACCGGCAGGGCGAGGAGGCGGUGGUGGUGGCGCCGGAGAUGAACCCGGAGCGCAUGGAGGACGUCCGCAAGCUGGUGGAACAGCACUUCUACCGCACGCGCCAACGCCUGACUUCGUACAACCGCCACACGCUGCCGGCCGACCUCAUGGAGAAGCAGGCCGGAGAGAUUCUCUUGCGGCGGCGAAAGUUCAACGACCUCAAGCGGCGGUUCAACUCGGAGCGGCCCAAGCGGGGGGAGCUGCAGCAUCAGCUGUCGGUUCCCACGGAGACGGCGUCCGACGCUCACGGCCGCAAGCUGAACCGCGCCAAGACAGUGGGCUACUACGUGGAGGUGGACGAGACGGAGGAGGGGGGGGACGAGGAGGUCGCGACCCCCACGAGCCCCCGCGACCCCCGCGCCGACCCCGGCACCCCCGGCGACGAGGACGUCUUCACCCCCGGCGACGUCGCCGCCGGCUCUCCCCCGGGCUUCCCCAAUAACGGCCCUCCCCAGAAGCCUCGUGCCUCUCGGCUUGGAUCAGAACCAGGGCCACAGCGUCCUGGGCCCAGCUUUGAGGAGGAGGAGGAGGAAGAUGGUGAUGGUGGUGGUGAUGGAACGAGCCAGCCCUUCCUCAAAAAGAAUGCGUGACGGAGGUGUGGGGGUGGUGGUGAUGGUGGUGAUGAUGGUUUAGACGUUGGUGGUGGAGGUGAUGAUGAUGGUGAUGGUGGUG